UUGAUGGGAGUUUUCCCAGGAAGGGAAACUCCGGAAUUUGAGUUUAUAUUGUGCCAAAUAUUUGCUAGGUUUUUUUUUUCGUGAUGGCCUGAAGGGGUUUCCAAGGUGACAUCUGUUAAACUCCAAAACUGCCACAUUACUCUUGUCAUUUCACCCAACACACAUCACAACAUGAUCAAAGAAAAUCCGAAAUCAAAAAAAGAUGUUCGACAACAAAAAAACGAAAAUGAAGAAGAACCUGCUGAUUUGAAAAAAAAAUUGGAUCACAAAGUCAGCAGAUUGGUAGCCAGUGCUCCUACGUCACCUAAAUUAGCCCUCGAACCCACAGAAAAUCCACAAGCAAUCGAAAAAUGCCCUAGAAGAUCUAAAUCGUGUCUGGACGGGUCUAAAAUACGAGCCGCCAUCAGCAGCGAACGUUUGGCGCAGUUAAGGAAAAAUGUGGAAGGCGCUAUGAGAGAACAUAAAAUUUUUAGCAUCAAAGGAGGUUGGCCUGUUAUUCGCAGAGAAUUGCUUAAAAGAAACUGGAUAGAAAAAUACGAGCCUACUACUAAACAAAGAUUUAUGAAUCCAGAUGAUGUCACUAGCAAUUUGCCAGCUAAACAAGAAUGGGAAUCGCCUACUACUUAUGUGGAAAAAUGUGAAAAAACUGUAAUGUCUAGAAUGUUAACAUCGCACGAUUGCGAUUUUUACUGGUCAAUGCGAAAAGAGCCUUCGGAUAUCCAACAUCGAGCAAAUACCUACAAGCAAAUCAACCGAUUCAGCCGGUCGUUGUUUGCCUCUAAAGAAGGCUUAGCACUAUUGCUUCAACAAUCCUAUUGGUAUGCCGAGGAAAAUGUUUCAAAUGUAAAUUUCCCACGUUGCUACGUUCUAGGCUUCCCAGACCAUUACAAUUUGUUCGUUGACGAUUUUCGUAUGACAGCCUGUAUUGGAACUCUCAAAUGGUUCACAGGAAGAUACGAAGGUAAAAAAGUGGUGCAUUCAAUCGAGGGCACAGUACCACAUUCUGCAUUCAAUUUUGCUUUGGAACGAUGUUCAGAAUUUAUUGCUGGUCAACGUCAUUUGGACAUCGAUAAGGAAUUCAACAGAGUAUGGGAUCAUGAAUGGGAGCAGUUUUUAGGAUAUUUUUAUGCAGUGGUUCACCAUGAUGAGCUUUUUAUGGAUUUCAAGGGCCAAUUACUGAAUAACUACGCACAAGCGAAACUUAAACUAAAGGAAGUUGCUCUCCAUUGGCCUCAGUACGAUUUGGAUGGCACGAAAAAUAUUUGGAUAAUGAAGCCUGGAAAUAAGUGUAGAGGUAGAGGGAUUCAGCUGGUCAAAAAUAUAGCCGAAGUCGAUAAAAUAAUGAGCUUGAAGAUCAAGUAUGUCGUUCAAAAGUACAUUGAAAAGCCCUUAAUAAUCUACAACACCAAAUUUGACAUUAGACAAUGGUUUAUGGUAACUAGCGUUCAACCGUUAACAAUUUGGAUGUUCAAGGAUAGCUACCUAAGAUUCAGCGGUCAAACUUUUAGCUUGGAAAAUUUCCACGAGUCCUUACACCUCACUAACCAUGCUGUCCAGUGUAAAUACCCAAAUGGACAGCAAAGGGACAAAGCCUUGCCUGAUGACAACAUGUGGGACUGUCACACGUUCAAGGCGUAUUUAAAACAAAUUGGUUGUUUGGAAAAAUGGAACCAGGUGAUUGUCCCAGGAAUGCAACAAAAUAUUGUAUGCGCUAUGUUGGCAAGUCAGGACACGAUGGAUAGACGUCCGAACACUUUUGAAAUUUACGGUGCUGAUUUUAUGCUAACUGAAGACUUUACUCCGUGGCUUCUGGAAAUCAAUUGUAGUCCAGAUUUGUCGUUUUCUACUUCGGUUACUAGCAGAUUGUGCCCUCAUUGUAUGGAGGACGUUAUUAAAGUUGUCAUAGAUAGGAAAAAAGACCCAAAUGCUGAUACAGGCCUUUUUGAAAUGAUUUACAAACAAAACCAUCCGAAAACUCCACCGUAUUUAGGCAUGAACUUGUCUGUAAGAGGCAGGAAGAUAUUUAGAGGCAGAAGUAGAUCUAAGCCUGAGACAAAAGAUCCACGUGAAAAGGCCUUUAGUAGUACAAAAAAACCGAAAAGACCACCAGAGUUUACGAAGGCUGAAAUGCUUAAUGAUAUUGCAGCUUCGAGAGCUUUGCCUAAAAUAUUGUCUCCGGAUAUUUAUUCUGGGCCUGUUAUUGAGGAUCUUAUCGAGGAACUUCACAAAACAAUAUACAAAUCUGACAGUGGGAUAGAUUUCGUCCUGCCAGUCAACAACAAAGCUGACAACCAAUUAGACAUCGUGGUAAAAAAGAAACCCUCGACCAGAGGCGACAGGAAAAACAAUAGGCGCAAAAGAAAACACCAAUCAGCGAUGCCAAAGCAGCAACAACACCCAAACUCAGCGUAGCGGCGCGAGUCAACGCAAUAAUAACAAUUAUUUUGGUUUAUUUAGGCAAUGGGCGAAGAAAAAUCCGGAAAUUAAUACUGCAACGCGCGAUAAUUGGGAGAAAGGUACCGUCAGUAUACUGAAGGGCGAAAAUAUUAAUAUACAAAAUAAAUGUGAAGUUGGUAACAAUAGUGUUCAGGACGCUAAUAAAAACUUCGUUAAAAACUUGCCGUGUCUGAAUUUGCAUACUUUUGAUUUGAACAAAUUGCUGCCGGAAAUAAAUGCUAGUAGUUGUAGAAGUAGUACUUUUUGAGAUUUUUUUCUAAAAAAUAAUUGUUACUGCCAUUUUAUUCGAUGUUGCUCUAUAAUGAAAAAUUAUACAACUUGUUCUUGUGCACUGCCAAAGGCUAAGUUUAGUAUGAAACUAUAAACUAUUGUGAUUAAUGUGUAACAAAUACAUAUUUAAGUAAAAU